CCGUGCAAGGGAAUGUUACGAACAUUCCACUGAUAUACAAUUUAAGGUUUAUUAGAAACAUUACAAUAGAAUAUUACUUGGCUGUUACAAGAAUAGUUCAUAAACACAUUAUAAUUUAAGAUCGAAAAAGGACGUUCCAGUUAUAUACAUUAUAUGUUUAAAGAAUUACAUAACUUUGUAAUGUUAACUAAAUAUUACGUAGAUGUUUGUAAAAUACAUCUUAUCUCAAUAUAUUUUUAGACGGCCGUUAUUAUAUAUAUAGACACCGGUUUGUUAUAUUGUUAUCCAUUUUAUACCACGAAAAUUCGCGCACAACCAUGGCGGCGCGGCCAGUAAUCGUUGUACAAUAUUGUCAUAUUUUACCAGUUAUCGUUGUCUUGUGAGGUUAUAAAAUUAAGUUAUUAUUUUCAUGUCGUGUCAAUGCAACUGUUGUAGUGUUGUCUACUUUCCGCGUGUUUAAUACGAUUUACGUUUGCGAAUUACGGUUUAAUCUUGUGUACCUUCUUAUUGUGUUUAUUGGGUAAUAAUUGCAAUUUACGCUCACCUCGUGUAUAGCUAUUAGUAUAAUAGAAACUGUGUAGCGCAUCAUGGCGAACUUCAUUAAAAAGGGUCGUAAUAGUAUGAAAUGGGUCGUUGUAAAGUUUAUUGACGGUAAAGACUAUAGUGUGAUUCCAAUAAAUUGGCUGGUCGAAACAGAUUCAGAGAAUUUGUCCAUGUGUUCUGUUAAAUAUUGUAAAUGGCCACCAAAAAGAGUGACUAGUGAUGAUUUAAAGUUAGCUGAAGACCCAGAUGAUUCAUGGACACUGUACAAAAUAAAAGUACUUGAUGGUAACAAAACUUAUGGAAAAUUUGCUAAGGCUUGGCACAAGCAUGUACUAGAAUCAACAGAUGAUGAGGAAAUUUCUAAUAAAAAACGAAAACGUCGUAGUUCUUUAAGUAGUGAUGAUUCAUGCAUUGAAGAUAAGGGUUAUAAUAUUGCACCUGCUGUAGCUAGCAGUAUGAUAAGUUCUGAACCAAUUAGAGAAUUACAAGAAAUAUCGUACAUAAAUCUGCAACCGCCUAAUGCUUCAACAUCUACAAAAUAUGCUAACGAAAAUUUAAAUAUUGACAAAAUGAAAGAUACUUUAAUUCAAACAUCAAAAAUUCUAACUUCGUCUAUUUCAGACUUACAAGUGCCUUUCAUUGAAGAUCAUAACCAAUGUUUCUCUAAUUCACCAACGUUCAUUUCUGCUAGUGAUAACAAUUAUUCACCGUUGCAAAAUUUAAAUUUUCAACAAAAUCAAAGUUUAUUGAGUUCAAAAACUGAUAGUUAUUUAAACCAGUUGUCUUUGCCAAGCUCAUUUGAUGAAGAAGGUCUUCAUUGUAUUUUAAAGAACAUUCAAACUGAAAUGAUAACCGCUCGUUUAACUAAUGAACGUAUAUUAAGCAAAAUAAGUAGUUUAAAAAAUGAUGUAGCAAAAUUGGCCCGCCAUGUGUUACCUAUAGGAUUAGCUUUUUCAAAUGAUGUGGAAGAUAGACAAUUUUUAGACCAACUUCCAUUUUCUAACUGGGAAAAUGUUUUGGUUUGUGAAAGAGUACUUCAAACAAAUAAUGAUGUAAAAGAGAAAUUUAAACAUAUGCUAAGUGUAGUUGGUGGUGUAGAUGCAAAAACCAAUAUUAGACGCAUCUUGAACAAAUUAUUUACAAAUAAAUUUGCUAUCGAAUGUUCAUGGACAGGUAGAGCCUUUGAAAAAGAUAUUAAAAAGUAUAAAGUUCAAGAUUUACAAAUUAUUGUAGUAAUGAGAAGUGUUAUCAAAAAUCAGUAUCCUCAAAAUUCAGAUGCACAAUUUGAGUUAGACGUCCAAAGUUGGUUCAGAACUUCAAAGACAAGAUAUGAUAGAGAAAAUAAAUAAAGAAUAUCAAAGAUACUCAUAAAUUAAAAAAGUUAUAGUUGUAUAUAGUCAUAAGUGGAACUGCAAUUUUUUUUUUUUAUAUUUUUCGAUAAAUUACAUAAAUCUUAAAUUUAAUAGGUACAAUUGUAAAGUAUUAUUUGGUAUUUUUUGAUUACAUAAAAAUGUUAUUAAUGCA